UUUUUUUUUUUUUUUAAUUCAUUCAUUUUUCAUUAUUCAAUCAAACACGUUUAAACAUUUGACAUAAAAUCCUAGUAAUUAUGACAGAAGCCUUUAUGCCUCCUACGACGAUUCUUAUGCAAACUGCAGCAGCAGUGAAUAACGACAGUCAUUCACCUAUUUUACAGCAUCAUCCCUAUCAUCCUCAUUCUAUGGUGCCUCCACAAGAGCAUCCUCAAGAGCAGCAGCAGCAACAGCAGCAACAGCAAGACCUUUUACCUUUUCAUCCAUAUUAUGUCAAUCACAACAAUAGUAAUAAAUCAACCUCUUCAUUCCAUCCUCAACAACAGCCAAAACCACCCAUGACCACCAACACGACGACGGCCGCCAUGCCUCCUCAUGCUUCCUCUUCUCGUACUACUAUCUAUCCUACACCUACGCCUACGACUCCUCCUCCUACUCGUAAUGCAUCUCAAAAGACAUAUGUAUCGCUACCUACUGUACCAUAUCAUCAACCCUCUCUUCUUUCAGAUCAUAGUUUAUCUUCCAAUACGACUGAAUUGUUAGAAACGCCAACGACGACGGCUCAUACGCCUCCUCCACCUCCUCUUCCUAUGUCGAAUAGAAGAGGUGGAGGACGAGGUCGGAAACGGCGUUCUGUAUCGGCGGCAGGAACGACAGACGAAGAAGAUGAGGAUUUAUUAGACGAAGAACGUCUGAAGCGAAAAAAGAGUCUGGAAAGAAAUCGUAUUGCUGCUUAUAAAUGCCGUCAAAAGAAAAAGAACUGGAUCCAAGACCUUGAACAGAAAGCAGAAUUCAAUAGUCUUCAAAAUGAGAAAUUAAGGGAGCUGGUGUCUCAAUUAAAAGAAGAGAAUAUGUUUUUAAAAAAUCUGCUAUUAGCGCACGCCAACUGCAACUGUGAAGCGGUACAAGAUUAUCUUCGAAAGACAUCUGCCAAUAUCAUUAGAAACACGACGUCUUCUCUUGUCGUAGCCACUUCUAUGCAGCCUCCUCCUCCAGCUAUAACACAUGCUGCUGCUGCUGCUGCUGCUGCUGCUGACAGUUAUACGCAGGAGAUCGGAGGACAGAACAGAAGAGAAAGCUUUUUUGAAGAAACAGAUAGCAUAGAAGAUGAUUACUUUUCUUCUACCCAUGCAGUUGUUCGGCCAGAACCGUAAUGAAAGAUGUUUAAAAUUUUGGGCCAUUUUUUUCCGCCCACCUUUACCGCCCAUUGUACAUACUAUGUUGGUUGAGCUUUUUAUUUAUUUAUUUUUUUUUGUAUGAACAAUAAAAAAUUCCAUGCU